UUUAAUUGCUCCAAAUUGUCAAACUACUUGAAUUUAAUUUUCGCUAACAUUUAAAAAUCUUUUCAAACUGUUAACCAUUAAGCCUUUAACUAACAUACUUUUGUUUGAUUUUGUUUACCUGAUAAACAUUCAAUUGAUUUCAUUUUUUGUCGCAACUAAUUUUAAAAUUUGUUUUUCUUGUUGAUUGUUAAAUUGUUACAAAUUGUUACCUUUAAUCUUUUAACAACACAAAGUGAAAGUUAACCAAUUUAACUGAUUAAAUUUGUCUGUUUUUAUUUGAAUCAACACGAGAAUGAUGGUCACUUACCUUGAGGAUUCUGGUCAAUCGGGUGGUAAACUUGAUACUUUAUCGGAAAGAGAGUUGGUUGGUGAAUAUAUCAGCGAGUGUGAAGAAUUACUUCAAAUUAAAUCUGAUCUUCGAGCAGCAAAUGCUAAUCCAGAUUACGAGGGAUCACUGUUGUUACUUCAAGGAUUAGAUUGUGGUGUAAAGAAAAACUGUUCAUUUGUUAAAAAGCUACGAAAUAUGACCGAAGGUCAAAAGGAAAGUCUAAUUAAGGACAUGUUAUCAUUAAACUUAUCCAAAUACAUUUCUGAAGUUGCUGGAGCUCUGGUUGAAGCCAAAUUGAAAAUGUCCGACAUCCCGAUGGCCAUUAAAAUAUGUUCACUUCUCCACCAACGAUAUCCCGAUUUCUCCUCUCAACUUCUCGACUCUUGGAACAAAAGUUUACCCAAGAAACCAAGUGACUUGGCCAAUCUAAAUCUCUCCAAGAUGAGAAUCGACAUUCGCUUCUUUGCCGAACUAAUCACUUCGGGUAUAUUCACCCUUAAAGAAGGUCUUCCCAUCCUUGGUAAUCUAUUGACCCUUUUGGUCACUAGUGACAAAGACAAUCACAACAAUAUCAACAUCAUAUUAACAUUUUGCCGUCACUGCGGUGAUGAUUAUGCUGGACUAACACCCAGAAAGAUGAGGCUAUUGUCCGAUAAAUAUGAUUUACCUUUGAUCAAAAGUGACUUUUUACCGUGUGACCGUCAAAGGGGACUGAGGAAUCUUCUUAAAGAUUAUUACAAAACUUUGGCUGUUCACAUUGUUCGUGAUCAUAAAUCGCUUCAAUCGCUGGAGAGACAAAAUCGACGGACCUUGAUAUCUAAAGGUGAAUUAAGUGAUAAACGUAAAGAGAAAUUUGAACAAGCUCAAAUUGCUUUUCAAAAACUAUUAUCAGCCAGUCAACAAUUAGCUGAUAUUUUGGAUGAAGAUUUACCCGAAUUACCUCAAUACAGUGAUGAGGAAUUGGAUAAUGAUGAGGAUGCUCAAUAUGAAAGAUCAACGAUUGAUGAAGAGAUUGAAGAAACUGAAUCAAUAGUUGAUUGUGAGAUCUCAUCUGAUUACGAGAACUGUGACUCUCUAUGGAGUAAAGUUGAUUCUAUUUUCACAAGAUCUGUAAAAAAAAUAUUCUCUCCAACGUUUUUCCAAGAAAUCACAAGUAUCGUCCCCUGGACUGAAAUCGAAACCAAAUCUCAUCCACCGAAAUUCACCUUGGCCGAAGUAUCUGAACAUUGUACCCACCACGAUUGUUGGAUCAUAUUAUUUGACAAAGUUUACGAUGUCACCGACUUCAUGUAUGAGCAUCCUGGAGGCGAUUAUAUUAUCGCUGAGAAUGCUGGACGUGACGCUACGAUCGCCUUUCUCAGUUCUCGACAUGGUAAAGAUGCUUUCGAUCUCAUGGAAAAAUAUUUCAUCGGAAAUCUUGUUGAAUCUGAUUGUAUUUACGGUCUUGAUUACUGUCCGCCAUUAUAGCAAUCAAUUAAAUUGAUUGAUUGUAAUAAAAUAUUCAACCGGAAACACUUUGGAUCAAUAAUUUCAGAGUUUCAUUUCUCAUCGUCAAUAGUUUUCAACUUAUCACAAUUAAGUGAAAGUUUGUUGAACUAUCUAUUAUUAUUAUCAUCAACAACAACAACAUUAUUAACCCAAAGUUUAUUAUUUAAUGAUUACACCAAUCAAUCAAUAUCUCUGAGUAUUAAUCGAGAAGGCUACCUGAUUAAGCAACAAUCUUGAUUACAAUCAAGGUUAUCUUUUGAUUUUUUUUUUACUUGAUUCAUCUUCAGCUUAUUUAAGAUUUUGUCAUUUCUCCUGCCUUGAUCAAAGUUAAUCACAAUUAAUUACUUUUAAUUAACGACUUAACUGUAACUGAACUCAUUAUAAUUUACCAUUAACAGCUAAUCAAAAUAAAAAACAAAUUGUCGAUACCGAUUUUGAUUUAAUUGAUCAGAGCGAUGAUCUUUGUUAAUCAAAAUUAAACUGUGAACCAAAUAUCAUAAUUAAAAUUGAUUCGUUUUUAAAUUCAUUCAAUUUUUUACACAAUUUAUUUUACUAUUGAUUGUCUGAUCCGAUGGUAAAUCAGGAUUGAUUAAUAAUCAAUUAUCUCAAUGAAAAAAUUGUUUGAUUCAUUUGUAACUAAUACUUGACAUUAGAUUAUCAGUAAAUCAUCAUUAAUCAACUUAAUUGUAAAGUAGAGUGCAAACAAAUUUAAAUUGUAAAACGAUAAAUAUUUUAAAGUUUUAAAUCAAACAAUCUGAUCAAGAUAUUUACAAUUAAUGUUACAAUUAGCAUAAGAUGAUACGAGAAAAAAAGCAAUAAAAUUAAGAUAUUAAUCAUUCAGAUAA